CCAUUUCCACAAUUGAUUUCUACAUUCAGGAUGUGUUUAGAUAUUUUUAUGAUGAAUAGAAUGAAACCAAAAAAAAUGGAAAGAAACAAAAUAAAGUUUUGAUCCCAUUGUUUGGAUAUUAUAUAUGAUGGAAUAUGUUAUGAUAAUGUUGGUUUUUGUCUGGGAACAUGCAAUGAAUAAUCUUCUGCGUUUUUGUUUGGAAACAUUUCCACAAUUGAUUUUGAAACUAAAAUAGUCCAUGCCUGUACAUAUAUAUUUCAUGAUUUUUUUCCUGUGGCUGGGACUUAAAUAAUUUGUUUUUUCUAUUUCUUUAUGUGAUCAAAGAUUUCUUUUAUUUUGAAGCCUUCAGCAAUUUUCUUGUCAUGCUUUAUGAUUUUACCGUCUUCUGAUUUUGGACAACCAUCUAUGUUCAUCUAUUGCAAAUUCCAUGAAAUCAUUGCAAUGCUGGCAUAAUCAUCUAAUUAGAAGUAUAGAAAGAUUCUUCUGUUGAAGCCUAAUCAAUAGAAUUCCUCAUUCAUAACCAUAGGUGCUAAUGCUUGAUAUUUGAUUUGUAACUUGUAUCAGGUUUGACAAGGCUGUAGCUGAAUGCUGGUAUUAUUGUGAAACAUGGGAAGGCAUAGACAACAAGAGGAGCAUUCUGAGUCAUAUUGGGAGAAUCAUCAUCCAGAAUGCAGCAGGGGACUUUUCCACAUUAUCAAGCACCAUCCAUUGCGUCCUUUAAUGAAAAGACUUGCACACAAGAGGGAUGGUGAUGGUGAAAGAAGUGCUAAUGCAGGAACUGUACUGGGACCAAUCCCAGCUAACAUGAAGAAGGACCUCAACCUUGCUGAGACAAGAAACUCAAAUGUUGAACAACAAAAGGUGACACCGUUUUCUCCAGUAGCCAAAAACUCAGUAAAGAAGCAGAUAAAAGCACUUUUCAAAGAGAUAUCUAAGAAGAGGAGCAGGCAUCACAGAAGUUCAUCAUGUCCUAUCAUGUCUCAUUCAAAUCAUGAUUUGGAGCAAUCAAAUGUUGAUAAUAGUACAAGGAUGAAAAGAGGAUUACAAUGUGGUGCUAAACCUUCUAGUGAGUAUCAUUGGGUCAGAAAGCAUCAACCAGAUAAAAAGGAUUUUCUUGGACAAGAAAUCAAAGAAGAUAUGGUAACAUAUGGAAGGAAACACUUCAACAUCAACAUGAAAAGUGACAUAUUGACAUUUCUUCAUGAUCCUGUCUCUCCUACAAUCUAUCACUUCCAUAAACAACAGAUGCGUAGUGCGAAAAUGGCAUUAACCAGGUCUGCAUCAUUUCCUUUACCUGACUCGUCAUCAGAAAGAGCGCGGUCGGAGGUUAUAAGCAAUGCUUCCCUUCCAAAAAGACAAGGAAGUUUGUGUUUUGGAAGUAAAACACAAAAACUAGUUCAAUUGAAAUCCUCAAAAGUAUUUUGUGAAGAGGCAGCAUUAGAAUGGAGACUAAAUGGAAAUUCCAAUAUAAAUGAAGCAACGAUAGUAAGAAAUGUGAACUCUUCUUCAGGAUAUUCCCAGUGUCAGAAAAGGAAAGAAAUCAAACAUGUUAAGAAUCUCAAACAGAAAAUAGAGCUUGUAACUGGAGAAAACAAAAGAGAAAAGCUUAGAGUUACAAAUGAUGCUAUCAUUGAUAAACUUCCCCAAGGCCAUGAGAUAUCAGAUGAAUUGAAGAAGGAAAUUCUUAAGAAAUUGACAGAACCAAGUUGUAAUGAGAGCCAUUCCAGGCACAGAAUAAGAAGAAUCUGGUCUCUUCCAGAACCACUAGAAAGUUAUUCUAAACUCCAUGAGAAAAGAUUUAAGACAGAAGCAAGAUUCCCUCAAUCUAAGAAACCAAAGUUAAGAACAGAAAUGGCUCAUUCACCAUUUAGGAUAAGGAUUCUUUCAUUACCUGAUCUCCAAUCUUUUUCCUAUGGAGAUGGCACUAUGAUUUCAGAGAGUGGUAGUUAUCAGCAAAAGAGGCUUGACCUUAAUGUACAUUCAAGAAAUCAAGUGCAGACACAUGUGGAAAAUUUAAUUCAAGAAAACCUUGUCAGUGAAGGUGAAAAUGAUUUAGUGGUUAGAAGUAAUAUUAUGGGAUCAGGAUCAGAUUGUAGCAGUAAGAUUAAUGACAAUUUGGGCAUAAUAGUUAAUGACUUUGGAGACAGUAGUUUGAGAAAAGAUGGCACUUCCAAUGAUCAAGAUUCUGGGGCAAUAAAAGAAGACAAGGCUGCAAUAGCAGAAUCAGAUUCAAAAUCAAAGCCAGGACCAGUUGAUAGAUUGGAUAAUGUGGCUGAGCAACAGGAGGCUAACAUGGAUCCCCUUGGGACCACAGAGAAUGCACAAAAAGUGGAGAUUCUAAACUAUGAGAUUCCUCAAUUUCAAGUGGACACAAGACACAAAGAUGAGUUUAAUUAUGUAAAAUAUGUACUUGAGGUAUCAGGACUCACUGGUAAUGAUUGCCUUUCAGCAUGGCAUUCUAGUGACCAGCCAGUUGAUCCAUUACUCUAUGAAGAAAUGGAAGGGGAUCCUGAAUUCUGCACUGGUGGUCAGUGUAAUCACUAUGUGUUGUUUGAUUUAAUUAAUGAGUCAUUGUUGGAUAUUUAUGGGAGGUCUUAUAACUGCUGCUACAAUCCUACUACACCAUCUUCAUCAUCUCUUCCCCUAAUUCAUCCAAUGCCAGGGUGUCACAUUGUCUCAAAAGUGUGGGCUAGAAUGAGCAGGUCACUGUGCUUGAGAUUCAGAGGGGGGCAAACAGUGGAUGAUCAUGUAGGUAGAGAUCUAGCAAAGCUUGAUGAGUUGGUGAACCUUCAGUUUUUUGCUGAGAGUGUGGGUUUGGAGGUGGAAGACUUGAUUUUUCAAGAGCUCCUCAAGGAAAUAGUAGGGGACUUAGCUUGAGAUCAUGCGGUCUUUCUUAAUUAUACUUCUCUUUUCUAAACUCAUUUGUUUUAUUAUUCAAUGUUGAUAAAAUAACAAGAAACUAGUCAUUGAUGCUCCGUUGAAGACAAAAUGAAGUGUUUAUAACCUAGAAAGACUUGCACUCUCAAUUGCCUUAAGGCAUUUUGGGCUACACUUCUCUGACUACAUCAAACUGCUCUUCUUAGUAACAUUUUCGGCUACCUCACACUAAACCCAAUACUUGUCAUAACUCUUAAACUUAUUGACAUACAAAAUCUAUAAAUGCAUGCAGAAUAAGUAAUAAUAUAAAAUCACCAAA